ACUUAUUGAAAGUUAUUAGUAUAAAAAAAUUCUUAUCAAAAUUAACAGGUAGUGAGUCAUGAGUAGAUUUUUUUAACGAUAAGUGAUUAAAGCAGAUAAAAAGUUCGUAAUAAACAAUGGGAUUAAGCGAUUUAAGUUUUAUAAUACAAGGUCUUAUCAUGAAAUUAUAGUGGAAUGAUUAAAAGUUUUUCUAAUCGGUACUUACAGGGUGAAACGAAUUAAAUAUUUUAUUACGUUAUUACGUUUUGGUAAAACAAAACGGACGUGAUCGGUGUAAAUCGUUAUAGUACAAGAAAUUAAGUACAAAACCGGGUGAAACCUAGAAAUUUAUCAACUAUUUCUAUUCUAAUUUAUCUACGAGGUACCUGGUGCCCAAGGUGGAGGACAUCUACGUCGUCUAGUGGAUUAUCAUGGAAAUAUAAACAUUAUAUAUACAUGAUGAUGAAUUUCAGGUUAAUGUCAACAAUGGAUGCUAUCAAAACAACUAAAGCAAUUGUCAGAAAACGAAUGGAAGAAAAAUUGGCAUCACUAUCAUUACAAGAAAAACAAAAACAAUCUAAAAUCGUUAGAGAAAAGCUCUUUCAAUUAGACGCUUUCAAAAAUUCAAAAAACGUCUCCAUUUUUUUGAGUAUGAACUCGGAAAUAGACACCGAACCAAUAGUUAGAAAAAUUUUUGAUUCUAAUAAAAGAUGCUUCGUUCCCAGGUAUAAUAAAAAAAUUAUGGAAAUGGUGGAGCUGUAUUCCAUGGAAGAUUGGUCGACGUUACCUGUUACUAAAUGGAAUAUAAAGCAACCUUCAUUCGAAGAUGGAAGAAUUAAUGCUCUAGAUACAGGUUUGGACUUGAUUAUUUUACCGGGGGUGGCGUUUACCAGGGAAGGAGAUAGACUGGGGCACGGUGGUGGAUAUUACGAUAAAUUUUUGGAUGUAAUUUGUAAAGAACAACCCAUACCACCAAUAUUAAUAGCUUUAGCUUUCGAAGAACAAGUUUUAGAUAGUUUACCUACUGAAAAAAAUGAUUAUAAGGUUGAUAAAGUUCUUUUUGUAGAUUGAAUGAUUUAUAUGAAUAAAUUAAUAUUUUUCGUAUCGAUUUUGGGUUAUUUAUGGUUGUAGAAACAUAGAAAUUGGUUUGAAGAAUAGUAUUUUAAUGAUAGUAAUCUGUAAUAUCGCUAAAGGGUUCCUCUCAAUUCAAUUAAGGGUCUUAAAGACAUUACGAGAUAUAUAAUCUUGUUCCGAAGACCCAGAAUCGAAUUUGUAUUGGAAUUUCGUAAUAUCCUGCUUCUCACUACGUUUUCUGAAACUAAAAGGCAAUUUUUUUCAGAUUUUACAAUAUAUAUUCAAUUUGGACACUUUUCUCUGUAGGAAAAUCACUUUUCUCAACUGGUUAUCAAGGAUUUUCAUUUAGUAACAGAAUCGAUCUUAUAGUCAAGCUUUUCGUCGAUCAAUUUUCUUAUUAUUUCUCUUUAAAACAUAAUGAGGCAAUUUAUUUGAGCCACUUCACUAUUAUGUCAAAUUUGGACACUUUUCUCUAUAGGAAAAUCACUUUUCUCAAUUGGUUUUCAACGAUUUUCAUUCAGUAACAGAAUCGAUCUUAUAGUCAAGCUUUUCGUCGAACAAUUCCCUUAUUAUUUCCAUUUAAAACAUAUUGAGGCAAUUUAUUUGAGCCACUUCACUAUUAUGUCAAAUUUGGACACUUUUCUCUAUAGGAAAAUCACUUUUCUCAAUUGGUUUUCAACGAUUUUCAUUCAGUAACAGAAUCGAUCUUAUAGUCAAGCUUUUCGUCGAACAAUUCCCUUAUUAUUUCCAUUUAAAACAUAUUGAGGCAAUUUAUUUGAGCCACUUCACUAUUAUGUCAAAUUUGGACACUUUUCUCUAUAGGAAAAUCACUUUUCUCAAUUGGUUAUCAACGAUUUUCAUUCAGUAACAGAAUCGAUCUUAUAGUCAAGCUUUUCGUCGAACAAUUCCCUUAUUAUUUCCACUUAAAACAUAUUGAGGCAAUUUAUUUGAGCCAAUUCACUAUUAUUUCAAAUUUGGACACUUUUCUCUAUAGGAAAAUCACUUUUCUCAACUGGUUAUCAAGGAUUUUCAUUUAGUAACAGAAUAGAUCUUAUA